AUGACCACCAAAGAUAGCAUGCAGAGCUUGGCGUUGAAGUGGUCGUGCUCAGCAUGCCGCCUCUCAAAACGCCGCUGCGAUAAAGUAUACCCCGAGUGUACACUAUGCGCCCAGAAAAAUCUUACCUGUAACUACCCAGGCCGUCGGAGGCGAGGGAAGGCCAAGAAUUAUGCCAAGGCAUUAUCUCCACCAAGAAAACCCGUCAUCUACCAGGCUUCAAUUACAAUUGAGAAAGAGAAAGAAAAGCCAUAUCAGACAUCAUUCAAUUGUCCCAAUUCCAGCUUCGUCGCCGAGCGCUUUCUAGAUCCCGUUGUCUUUUCCCGGGCGCAGUUGUCAGUAGACAAUGUGGAUGUGGCAGUAACAGAUGAAAUAGCUCAGCUGGUGGGUGGCGUAUUGGACAUUCAAGCCGUUUCCGAUCGGUUCUUCAAGUCUGUUUACAUGUGGAUGCCGAUUAUCUCAAAGCCUCGAUUUUCCAGCACGCUCCUGAGUCGAUUGACUUAUAAGAAGGCCGAGUUAUAUUUGCUGGUGCUGUCCAUGAAGCUCUGCUCCACACGCCGGAAACCGUUGAAUACCGCUUUAUACGAGGCGGUGAAGCUAUUUCACUUUAAGCUGCAGAGUUCCGGGGUGUUGUCUGUCCUGGUCCUGCAGGCCGCCGUCCUCAUUGCACUGUACGAACUAGGACAGGCAAUCUACCCUGCGGCCUUUCUGUCCAUCGGAUCAUGUGCUCGCUACGCAGUAGCACUGGGAAUUGACAAAUCUAUUCUUUCUACAAGUACCCCAGGCUCUCAGUGGAUCGAAGAAGAGGAGCGUCGCAGAGUUUGGUGGGCCAUCUUGGUUCUUGAUAGAUACCUCAACCUAUGUGAUCCUCAGCGGCACUUGAUGACGCCGGAUGCUGGUCUGGACAGCUAUUUGCCUGUAAAUGAUGAGGCAUGGGACAAGGGGGAACUUGACCCUGAUUAUAUAUACACUCUGGCAACAGCUAAUAGCUAUCACCUGGGGCUGUUUGCACGAUUCUCUCAAGCAGCCCAUCUGCUCAGCCAGGUUCUCCGCUCUAUAUCUGAAAAGCGAUCAAGCGAAACUUCUCAAUUGCGGCGCACCAUAUAUGCGCUUGUUAACGUUUCCAACAUUGAGGCAUCAAUGAGAAGACUGGAAUACUGCAGCCAGUCAGCGGUAUGCUACAGUGGUAUUAUCGCGCUUGAUGACUCGUUCUGUGAUCAACAGCCACAGAGCUCAGGCGCACGUCUUUCUGCAGAAAGCACUCUUAUUUCAGAAGCAACCCUUCAUAUGAUUUCAAUUUUCAAGGAAGAAGAAGUUGCAGAAGAAAUAUGUGAUGUCGCCAGCCCUUUUCUGGUGCACUUGGUGUAUAAAGUGGCCUCGAUGCAAUUGAGAAUCGCACAUCAGUCUCCAGCGGCUGCAGUCUUGGAAGAUGUCAAGCUUCUAAAGCGCGCAUUGAACAUUAUUGGAAACCGAUGGCAUUGCGCUUAUGCAUAUCUCUCGCUCUUGGAGAAGCAGGAGAUUCUCUUGGUUGUGCAGUAG